AGAGACGUCCCUGACCAGCCACAGGAGCUCAACCCAGAGCUGACGAAUUGGUGCCAACGUUUCCCAGACCAUCACCACCUACUUCCAGCAGAACAACAACUAUCAAAAGUCUCAACCUGAUAAGCUUAUCCUCUCAAGAAGGACCUGCUGAGCAUCCGAUUGAAACAUUGACGCCCCAUACCACAGCCAAUCACAGUAAUCAUGCGCUCCUCAUCGCUUUUCGCAGCUGCGUCGCUACUCUUCGCCUCCUUCGCCUUUGCCCUCGACAAGCCACUGAAUAUUGAGGUCACCGAAGAGGUCGCGUGUAAACGCAAGACACAGCGUGGGGACAAGAUUGAUGUCCACUACCGAGGCACCUUGGAAUCUGAUGGCACUGAAUUCGACGCAUCAUAUAAGCGUGGCACACCGCUGUCUUUCACUGUCGGAAAGGGUCAGGUCAUCAAGGGCUGGGAUGAAGGCCUGCUGGACAUGUGCCCCGGCGAGAAGCGCAAGCUGACCAUCCAGCCUGAGUGGGCGUACGGUAGCAGAUCCAUGGGUCCAAUUCCGGCCAAUUCAGUGCUCAUUUUUGAAACGGAGCUCGUCUCCAUUGCGGGCGUGCCCAAGGAGGAGCCAGCUGCUGCCGACUCCGCGGACGAGGGCGAGGCGAGAGAGGAGUUGUGACUACAGAAGUUGGAGCAUAGGCUAGGUAUUGGAUGGUGAAUGUUCUGUAUUGCUUGGAAUAGUGCAGAGUGGUUUUUUCGAUAUCCUGCAAUCGACAUAUGGACUGAGGACGCCUCGCUCGGGGAACACGGUUGGGGACCUUGAGAUGAACAUGUACAUGAACAGCGCCAAUAUGCUGCAUAAAAACCCCUUUUAAUUUGGUCGUUCGAAAUGGAAGCAGAACGCUAAAUUACUCAUAGGAUUUAAUACACUAUGUUUUGCUG